UCCUAGCUUUCUGCCUCCCUUCUAAUCUUGGUUGCAUUGGCUUUGUGCAAAAACUUCAAUUUAAUGUAAGGUACUUUUGCUUUGACAGUGAAAUGCUGGAGUUUACAUGAGGGCUGGAGAAGGCUGACUAGUAUUCAAUAGGUGGCUGGAGCUGAGAAAUUAGCAGAUCAAAGCUAUAAACUGUGGUUUUAGGUAUCAGGAUAUGCAGGUAUGGGCAUUUAGCUUCUGGCUUUACACAUGGAAGCCUUUGGUAAGCAAUAUAGGCUUGGUAUCUCAUAUAACUGUCCACCCUAGCCAAUGAUAUUAAUACACAUGGAUUGUCUGGAUAUCAAGCAACUUGCCUUUAUAGCUGGUCUAAUUGGUAUUGCCUGUGGAGUUCUCUCAUUUUCUCUCUAGCAAUGGUGUAGGAGUAUGUUACAACAAUUUUCCCCCUCUGCCCCUGGGGAGCAAAAAGGGCAGAUUGCAUAUUCAGAAUCCAAGGUCCAGACAGGGCUCAACUCAUCUUUAGGUGUCUAACCCCUUUCUUUAACAGUUGAGAAACCUGGGAUCCAGGAAAGUUAAAGGAGCAGUUGGGAUAAAAACUGAGACUAGAACUCAUCUUUAAGCUAAGAGUGUUAAACAGAUGGUAAUAGAAAAAUAUAUAUAAGAAACUUAUUUGUUCAUUUAUUUAGGGAUUAUACUCUAAAUUUAUUCAUAGUCACCCAAGUAAGUUGAAAUAAAAAUUACAAUUUGCUAAAGAUGGAUGGCAGUAUGCUCUCUUUUUAGCCAAUAUCCAGUACUUAAAACCAUUAGUUUUUUUCUGAAACUAGAAAGAGCUGUAAGCCAGUCACUUUAAAUGUCCCGUACUUAAGAGGCAAUAUACGUAACCCAAGGUCCUUUGAUGUGUGGGGAACUACAAUUGGCAGAGAAGGGAUGAGUGGAGUUAAUUAUUACCCCAACAGUAGUCAAAACUGAUUGUCCCUGCUGUACUCCAAGCAAAGCUUCUGGAUUCUGGAGGAAGCAGCAUGUCUCCUUCUCUCUUUGUGGUUGUAGUAGCAUACCUGAAUCUGGUGCUGUUGGCCAGAGGACAGAAGACAGAGCCCUUAAGUGGCCUCAGUGACCAAACGCUUUUCCGUGGAGCAGAUCGCUAUGAUUUUGCCAUCAUGGUCUCCCCAGCAGGAACAGAAUGCUUCUGGCAGUUUGCCCACCAAAGUGGAUACUUUUACUUCAGUUAUGAGGUUCAGCGGACAAUGGGACUUUUACAAGGCCGCCAUAUUAUAGCCACUGCAUAUACUCCAGAAGGUUUUCUCAUUGAUAAAUCCCAGGAUAUACGAGGCCAGAUCAACUUUUCUACCAAAGAGACAGGUUUUUACCAGCUUUGUCUGAACAAUCGACACAACCAUUUUGGUUCUGUCCAAGUGUAUCUCAAUUUUGGAGUCUUUUAUGAGGGAGCUGACAUGGCAAAUAAUCAGAAGAAUGAGGAGAGACAGAAACUGAACGAUACCUUGGAUGCCAUUGAGGAAAGUACACGAAAGGUCCAGAGGAAUGUCUUUCACAUGUGGAGGUACUACAAUUUUGCCCGCAUGAGGAAAGGGUCUGACUUUUUCAUUCUCCAAUCAAACUAUAACUAUGUGAACUGGUGGUCAACAGCCCAGAGUUUAGUUAUUGUCCUUUCUGGGAUCCUGCAGUUGUAUUUCCUGAAGCGUCUCUUCAAUGCCCCCCAGGUCACAGACACGAAUAAGCCAAGAUGUUAAAGGCAAGACUAGAUACCAAGUU